AAAUUAUUCACAUACCUGAAGUUUGGAGAUUCAUGAAAACGAAAAGUGAUAAGUAAACAAACAAUAAAUUUAAAACAUAAACAAAUUCUUUCGUGAUGUCGGGUGUCCUUUUAACUAAAACUGAACAGUUCUCCAAUUCUACCGAACAUAUUUAUGUAGAUAAAUGGAAAACUUGGUGCCGGCUCUGUGCUAAUGAUGAUGUGGACGGCAUUAAUAUUAUUUCAGGGCAGAGCUCACAAGGCCUGAAUAUAAAUAGUGAUAUCAAUGAUAUUGACAUAGUUCAUACAGUAGGGGAAUUGUUUCAUAUCCAUAUACAAGAAGAUGAAAAACUUUCACAAAUAAUUUGCCUAGAGUGCUGCAAAUUUGUAAAAAGUAUAAUUAAAUUCAGCGAACGCGUAAACAGGGUCCAACAGUUGUAUGCUGAGCUGCAUAGUUGCACAGAUAAAAUAACGCUCGAUUUAAGUAUGUUGUUAGAUAAAUAUGGUAUUUAUAAAGAUGAAUCACUUAUAACGCAACAACAAAGCGAACUGCCAGUUGAGGAAAUUUUUGUUGCCGACUUGCCAGUUACGACCGAAGUCGACACUAAUUUAAAGAAUCAGUGUAAAACAGUGCAAGUAAAAGGAGACACGACUGUUCCAAUUGGCUGGCAGAAAAAUGAAUUCAAUGAUCCAAUAGGCGAUGUGGACGAAAAUUUAGAUCAAAUGUCAUGUACUUCAUCUGUGUCCGAAGGCAACAGCUGUAGUGAAGAUAAUUGCUUUGAUAAUGAUACAGAAUCAUCAGAUUGCAAUAUAAAACAAACCAAAACAACAGUUGAAGUAACUGAGGAGAACGCAAAGGAUAUAGAUCACUUGUGUAGCGUGUGCUCGCAAAGUUUUCAACGUCGAUGCAACUAUUCUACACACAUGAAGAGAAAACAUGGUAUAAUCGUUUGUCCACAAUGCCCGAGUUCAUACAAAACAGCGUCUCUUCUUAAGAAACAUAUGGCAGAUCACCAAAAGUUAUUUAGUUGUCCACAAUGUGAUGAAAAAUUCGAAAGGAAGGGGACUCUUGGUAAUCAUAUAAGAAAUGAGCAUAAAUUUAGUAGCCCAUUUGUCUGUGAAGCAUGUGGCGAAGCACUACGUACAAAAAAACAACUGAAACAGCAUAUGUUGACACAUACCGACUACACACCAUUUGUGUGUAAGGAAUGUGGCAAGAGUUUCAAAGAGAAAUACAGACUAAAGCGACACUUGGAAAUCCAUGGUGAUAAACUCAUCUGCACUGAAUGUGGAAAACAGCUAAGUUGCCGUGCAACCUUCAAUAGUCACAUGUUAGUACAUUCCGAUAAGAUGCCACACAAAUGCGACUACUGUGGUCGUGCAUUUAAGCGUGCCAAGACACUAAAAUAUCAUUUAAUAGCACACACAGGACUCAGACCGUAUUCUUGCGACUUUUGUGACAAAACAUUUUCAACCGGCUCAAGUUGUCGUUUUCACAAAAAGACUAUGCACCCAGUUGAAUUGGCGGCCUUAGAAGCGUCUGGCGCAAAGGCCUAUACAAAAAAUGUGCCAAAUUUGGAUGCAUUACGAGCUGUUGCGCGUACAGGCCAAAAUUUUAUACCGUUGACAUCCAAACAAAAUGGUUAUGGAAACUUAACAAAUAGUGGGUGCAAAACUGAAGUAAAAAAUACAAUUGCCGCUAAGUGUAUCAUAUUUGAAAGAGUUACACACAAUGUUCUAUUAAUUUCAACUCAAAGCUACGCUAGACGUACAUGUUUCAUAAAAAUGUCUGAUACAAACUUGGGUAAAACAGAAUCCUGUACGAAUUAUAAUUUAAUUGCUGAAUGGAAAUGUUGGUGUCGUCUAUGUGCUAAACCCAACGCGCAAUAUAUCAAUGCUUUAACUGGGCAAUGUGUGCCAUCCUAUUGUAAUGUUUACAAUUCAAUCAAUAUAGUCGCCGUUUUAGCCGAGUUUUUUCAACUACACAUUAAAGAAGACGAGAAACUUUCACCGCUAAUUUGCACAGAGUGUUAUAAUGUUGUGAAAUCAUACGUUGAUUUUAGUGCAAAUAUUAGAAAAGUUCAAGAAUUAUACGAUGACCUGCUACAUAGCGAUAAUGAAAUGAGAAUAGACUUUUCUGCGCUGUAUGAGAAACAUGGCUUACUUAGCAAAGAAACAUUUGCUUCACAAAUCAGCACUGAACUACCGGUAGAAGAAGUUUUUAUUGCAGAUUCUCAUGCUGCAAGCACUUCACAUACAUCCAAAUUUCCAAUAAAAAAUGAAAAGUUAACAGAAGCAUUAUCGCCUGAGGCGCUUAUAAAAGAAUUUGAAAAAGAAGAAGAAAUGCAAGAUCCUAUUGCCGAAGAAAAAUUGGUUUCCGGUAUGGAAGGUAGUAUAAAAACAUCGAAAAAUAACAAAUGCACAGACAACGAUGACUUUGACAUGCAAACGGAUUCGUGGAUGAUGCUUGAGGAGGAUAAUCGACUGAAUAACGAGAAUAUUGAAUCGGAUGAUUCUGAAGAAAUCGCAAAGGAGUGUAAAUACACUUGCAAUAUUUGUUCACAAGGUUUCCAACGUAGUGGUAAUUAUGCUGCACAUAUGAUAAAGAAACAUGAAAAAAUAAUAUGCCCACAUUGCCCUGGCUCAUUCGAUAGUGAAACAAAUUUAAAGCGUCAUAUGAAAGAACAUCGUGAGUUAUAUCCGUGUAAACAAUGCGAUCGCAAAUUUCAGCGGAAAGAAUACGUAGCGCAACAUGUUAAAUGUGUACACAACGGUGAGCGCCCAUUUAUUUGCGAAGCAUGCGGCGAUGCUUUACGGUCAAAAGGACAACUUAAAGAACACAUGUUAACGCACACCGACUACUCACCAUUCGAAUGUAAGGAGUGCGGAAAGUGUUUCAAACAGAAGCAGCGUUUAAAGAGGCACAUGCAAAUACAUGGCGACAAACUCAUUUGCAACGAGUGUGGCAAACAACUGAGUUGCCGCGCCACAUACAAUAGUCAUAUGCUAGUGCAUUCCGAUAAAAUGCAACACAAAUGUGACUAUUGUGGCCGCGCUUUUAAGCGUGCUAAAACGCUGAAAAACCAUUUAAUACUACACAGUGGACUGAAACCAUAUUCUUGCGAAUUUUGUGAUAGAACUUUCACUAAUGGCUCAAAUCGACGUACACACAUGAAGCGGACACACCCAAAUGAAUUGGCCGAGCUGGAAGCAUCAGGCGAAAAAAUGUACACCAAAAAUAUACCAGAAUUGGCCGUGCUGAAAUCUGUCAUACGGAGGGACGAGAACCUCAUACCUGUUGUCUCAAAACAAAGUGGGAAUUUUGCUUUCGGCAAAAAGCCAAAAGCCAAGCCUGUAAAUACUGCGGACCAACGAACCAAGAAUUGAAAAAUUAAAUAAUAAUUACAUAUUAGUAAUAUUGUAUGUAUAAAUUAGGUAAAAAUGGUGUAUAAAAAAGAAAACAAACAUAACGAAAUCAAAAUACGGCUAUUUAAUUGAAUUAGUUACCGAUUUGAAGUGUAUGUAACCCUUAUAAAUUGCUAUGAACGGAUUGUGUACAUACAUACAUAUUAGCAUACUCAUAUUUACAUAAUUUGUUUAUUAUUUAGUUGCUUGUGUGCUAUAUAGUAAUUUGUUGUUUGUUAAUUCUGCUUAAAAAAUUUUAUUGUUGUAUUUUAUUAUCUCCUAUAAAGUGAAAUUA